AGAGAGAGAGAGAGAGAGAGAGAUCGAGCGAGCGCCCAUGUGACCUCUGAGACCGAGCAGGUGAAUGCACUGCUUUGCAGGAUACACCUGCCAGAAAAAAAACCUGAAAAAACCGCUACGGGAACCAGACGCGUGAGCCCUUCUUGGUCCUCUCAGCCCUCUAAAGUUAAGAGUCUAAACCCUCCUCUCCCACCCCAACACAUCUAGUGCACUGGCUACCCCAAUUCCGGCAACCCCGUUCCGAGAACUCGGGAAGAGACUGGAUCCGGGUGUCUGAGAGCAGUGUAACUGAUACAGGCGAGCCAAUCGUAGCAUACUACAACUCCCAAGAUGCCUUUUCCGCCCUCUCGGUUUCCGGUGCUGCGUAGUUUCCGGAGCGGAUCGCAACCUGGAGUCCGGAUCCGAUCCCGGUCUGCACAUUCCAAAGGCAGGUUUCAGAAAUGGCUGAAGAUGGCAGUGAUGAAACUAUGUUUAUUUGGUGUGAAGACUGUGGUCAGUACCAUGACUCAGAAUGUCCAGAGCUGGGUCCAGUGGUAAUGGUAAAAGACUCUUUUGUAUUGAGCAGGGCAAGGUCAUCUCUUCCUUCUAACUUAGAGAUCAAACAAUUAGGAGAUGGAACUGAAGGAGUAUUUGCAAUAACUCAGUUGGUCAAGCGAACACAAUUUGGUCCAUUUGAAUCCAGGAGGGUUGCCAAAUGGGAGAAGGAAUCUGCUUUCCCACUGAAGGUUUUCCAGAAGGAUGGACACUCAAUUUGUUUUGAUACAUCCAACGAGGAUGACUGCAACUGGAUGAUGAUGGUGAGGCCAGCAGUAGAAUAUGAACAUCAGAACUUGACUGCCUUUCAGCAUGACAAUGACAUUUACUUCACUACCUCCCGGGACAUUCCUCCAGGCACUGAGUUGCGAGUGUGGUAUGCAGCUUUUUAUGCCAAAAAAAUGGAGAAGCCAGUGCUGAAGCAGGUCUCCAAUAUUGUGCAUGAACAUGUAUUGAGUCAUCUGGAACAAAUCAAAGGCAUGCCUCCAGCCAGCCAUAAUGAAAUAGCUCCAGAUAAAGAAAUAGAGGUACUUCCUAAGGAUACACCUGUUGUUUCUGAAAGUGGCAGUGCCAACAGAGAACCAAAGAAAAAGCCCCGAAGAGGUAAUAAAAACAAAACUUCAAAAGGUGAACAACCUCUUGUCAUCAUUGAAGAGAAGGAACCAGCGGUGGAUCAAGUGGCAGAAAUUAUAACAGAAAUCCCACCUGAUGAAGACCUUAACUCAACUACAGAUGAGCGGAUUAUGGAGCUCGUUUUAGGAAAGCUGCCCAGUACUACAAAAGAUAUCAGUUCAGUUCCAAAGUUCACCCAUCAUCAGAAUACUAUCUCCCUCAAGAGGAGUUUAAUUCUUUCUAGCAGGCAUGGUAUACGAAGAAAGCUUAUCAAGCAGCUUGGGGAGCAUAAGCGGGUCUAUCAGUGCAAUAUUUGUAGUAAAAUUUUUCAGAACAGCAGCAACCUCAGUAGACAUAUCCGUUCUCAUGGUGACAAGCUAUUUAAAUGUGAAGAAUGUGCAAAAUUAUUUAGCCGAAAAGAAAGCCUAAAGCAGCAUGUUUCAUAUAAGCACAGCAGAAAUGAGAUUGAUAGUGAAUACAGAUAUAGGUGUGGAACUUGUGAGAAGUCCUUUCGAAUAGAGAGUGCACUGGAAUUUCACAAUUGUAGAACAGACGAGAAGACAUUCCAGUGUGAGAUGUGUUUCAGAUUCUUUUCUACCAAUAGUAACCUCUCCAAACAUAAGAAGAAGCAUGGUGAUAAGAAGUUUUCUUGUGAGGUAUGCAAUAAAAUGUUCUACCGGAAGGAUGUCAUGCUGGAUCACCAAAGGAGACACUUGGAAGGAGUCAGGCGUGUGAAGAGAGAAGAGUUUGAAACCAGCGGAGAGAGUGUGGUCCGAUAUAAGAAGGAACCCUCAGGAUGCCCUGUAUGCGGAAAGGUAUUUUCAUGUAGAAGUAAUAUGAAUAAACAUCUCUUGACCCAUGGAGAUAAGAAGUAUACUUGUGAGAUAUGUGGACGCAAAUUCUUCCGGGUAGAUGUGCUUAGGGAUCAUAUUCAUGUUCAUUUUAAGGACAUUGCAUUAAUGGAUGACCACCAGAGGGAAGAAUUCAUUGGUAAAAUUGGUAUUUCAUCAGAAGAAAAUGACAACUCUGAUGAAAGUGCAGACUCAGAGCCUCACAAGUAUAGCUGCAAACGGUGCCAGCUAACAUUUGGCAGAGGGAAAGAGUACCUCAAGCACAUCAUGGAGGUCCACAAGGAGAAAGGUUAUGGCUGUAGUAUCUGCAACAGACGAUUUGCCCUUAAAGCGACCUAUCACGCACAUAUGGUUAUUCACCGGGAAAACCUGCCUGACCCCAACGUACAGAAGUACAUUCAUCCAUGUGAAAUUUGUGGAAGGAUCUUUAAUAGCAUAGGAAACUUGGAACGACAUAAGCUCAUACACACAGGUGUAAAAAGUCAUGCUUGUGAGCAAUGUGGUAAAUCCUUUGCCAGAAAAGAUAUGCUUAAAGAACACAUGAGAGUACAUGAUAACAUCAGGGAAUACUUAUGUGCAGAAUGUGGAAAAGGCAUGAAAACCAAACAUGCUCUUCGUCACCAUAUGAAACUCCAUAAAGGUAUCAAGGAAUAUGAAUGCAAGGAGUGCCAUAGGAAAUUUGCUCAAAAGGUCAACAUGUUGAAGCACUACAAAAGACAUACAGGGAUCAAAGAUUUCAUGUGUGAAUUGUGUGGAAAGACUUUUAGUGAGAGAAACACAAUGGAGACCCAUAAACUUAUUCACACAGUGGGAAAACAGUGGACCUGCUCUGUGUGUAACAAAAAGUAUGUCACAGAGUACAUGCUUCAAAAACACAUUCAGCUAACUCAUGACAAAGUAGAAGCUCAGAAUUGUCAGUUAUGUGGAACAAAAGUUUCAACUAGGGCUUCAAUGAGUCGGCACAUGAGACGCAAACACCCAGAGGUCCUCUCAGUUAGGAUUGAUGAUUUGGAUCACCUGCCAGAAACAACCACCAUUGAUGCCUCUUCAAUUGGUAUAGUUCAGCCUGAACUUGCUCUGGACCAGGGAGAAUUACCAGAAGGGAAACAUAUAAAAGUUGCCAAAAGAAGUCACAAACGAAAGCAAAAACCUGAUGAAGAGGAAGAAGCACUGGUAUCUGAGGAUCCCACGUUCAGUGAAUACACAGAAAAAGAAGCUGAAUUCACAGGGAGUGUGGGAGAUGAAACAAAUUCUGCUGUACAAAGCAUUCAGCAGGUGGUGGUGACUCUGGGUGAUCCAAACGUCACAGCGCCAUCUAGUUCAGUCGGUUUGACCAACAUUACAGUUACCCCCAUCACCACUGCAGCUGGAACCCAGUUUACAAACCUUCAGCCAGUGGCUGUUGGCCAUCUUACUACCCCGGAACGCCAGUUACAACUUGACAACUCCAUUCUGACAGUGACAUUCGACACUGUCAGUGGCUCUGCCAUGUUGCACAACCGCCAAAAUGACAUUCAGCUUCAUUCUCAGCCAGAGGCCUCUAAUCCCCAGUCUGUUGCCCAUUUUAUCAAUCUAACCACCCUUGUCAAUUCCAUUACUCCCCUGGGGAACCAGCUAAGUGAACAGCAUCCUCUGACCUGGAGGGCAGUGCCUCAGACUGAUGUUCUACAGCCCCAGCAACAGCAAGUGCAGCCACAGACAGGACAGCCACAAGUUCAGAGUGAGCAACAACAGCAGAUGUACAGUUAUUAAGUUAUAUUACAAAAACUUUUAUGAGAACUGUAAGGAAUAAAAAACAUUUUGAAAACUUUGAGAUUUGUUGUUAUAUACCAAACAGAGUAAAAAAAAAUCCCAACUAUUUCAUUGGUCACUAUGUAAAUGAAACCCAGCCUGUGCAAAACUGUCUCCAGUCCCCCAUAUCCAUGUGUUCUAUCAGCCUAAUUCUAUCAGCCUAAACUUGAGAGGUGGCCAACUUUUAAUUAAGUUCAGAUCACAAUCCACUAAAUAAGGUAAAUAAGUCACAAAUAUUAAAUAUUCUUUUAACCUUUCUAUUUAAAAACAAAAAAACUUUAUUAAUUUUCUUGGGAUGGAGAAUGGGAAACUUUAAUGUCAAGAGAAGUAAGGUACUCAAAAUUAAAUGGCAUUUUUUUCUUUUUCAAAGUUGGUUUCUCAUAAAGCGCAUAUGAAAAAAAUGGUUAAAAAUGGAAAAGGGGAUUUAAAUGUGAUAGAAAUUUGUUUUGCAGUUAUAAAACAAAUAUUAGGCCAGUUUCCUUAAUUUUGGAAGCCAAUUAAGUAAACAAAAAGUACCACUGUCCUCUUUGAAUUUUCACCUAACUGAAUUUCUUGCAACCAUGUAUUAGAACCAAAUGUGAAAUAACAUAUUUAAUGACUUUUUCAAGCAAUAUUUUAAGUUGAAAGGCUGUCAUAGUAAACAAAUCUAUAAUGUGAAUUUUCUGAUUUACACAUCAAAAUAUCUUUAGUAACUUGCCAUUUUCAUUCUUUUUCCUUCUCUUUUUAUUCCUGAAAAGACACUGUACAUUCAGGAGCCUGCUGUGGUCAGUGUCAUCUUUCUUAACCUUAUAAAAUAAUUUGCACUGAAAAAUUAUCUGUAUCCCCAUUUACAUAGCUGUUCAGAUAUUUGGGGACAUUUCUGUGAUACAAAAAAGCAAAUCAAAAAUACUGUCAUUUCUAGUAUCCAUUUUGGAAAAACCUCAGGAUCCUUUAAUAUCUAAAAGUCUAUCCUAAGACUAAUGUCAGUAGCAGGGAAGAACUAAAAUAUUCAUAUAUUUUUCUUUUAUUUAUACUUCAAUUUCAAAUGUUAAAUUUUUUUAACAGUUUUAUAAAUAUAAAAUUGUUGACUAAUACAUUAUGAAAUUAAAAUAUAUUGGUGAAAUUCAAAGGCAUUAUAAUUUAGUGAAAGGCAAAAGAGGUUAUCCUUAGCAAUGAUUAAAGUUUAUAAUGGAAAUAUAAUUGGGGUCUUAAUCAGUGUACUUAUUUGUUCUUCCUUGCAAUCCCAUUUGUAUACACACACACACACACACACACAUAUAUAGACAUACACCUUAUAUAUCUCUCUGUGGGUAGAUGUGUAUAUAUGUAGAUAUGUGUAUACAUACACAUAAGCUACACACACAGACAUGAGAUAAUGCCCAAGGUUCAUUCAUUGUCCCACUUGGUAUCACAUCAACCUUUAUAGCAAGGAGCAAAAACUUAUGGAGUUUUGUUUGUUUGUUUUUUAGAGCAAGAGUAUUGAGUAGCCAAUCUCCCAAAAUAAGUGUUAUAAGGAAAACAAUUUUUUCCCAAAUUUAUCGCUUCUGAAAUUUCUAAACUCUGUUGGGAAGAAAAUUUAACUUACAUUGCCUGUAACUUAUUGUGUUUGAUGUAGAUGUUUAAGAGGUCUACCUUGAAGAAACAGUCUUUAGGUGAUUAGUGAAAAAUAAAGCUGUGUUAAUGUUGUUGUCAGUGAGGCUUACUGUAAGAAUGGCAGUUCCUUAGCAUUUAACUUUAAUCAAAAUUGUAGAUAUUUUCAGACAAAAUAUGAUUUGCUUUAUGGAGUGUACUGUUUUCAGAAAAUGGGAAUGGCUUUCCAACACAGAAUCAAAAAGCUGAAAGGGACCUUCUGAGAGGUUCCUUUCCUACACUAACCCCACUCUCCUCUGUUGAACUGCUCCAAAAUCUACAUCACUUAAAUUAGAUUUUAUAAUGGAAGUCUGUUAUAAUCACAGAUAUCAUGACAAUAGCCUAAAACUAUAUGGGAAGAUUCAUAUUUAAAACAGAACAAUUUUUAGUAUUGUAGUCCACUGGUUUCUAAACUCAGUCCUAUAAAGUCCAGGGUUCCAACAAAAAAAGAAACGGCAAUGGUAGACAAUUUAAUUUUUCAUACUGUGUUUUUUGAUGUAUGUAUGUAUGUAUGUGUAUAUGUGUGCAAACAAUAUUUAUAACAAAAACAUUCAGUACUGCAAGCACAGCAAUUUCAUGAAAUUAGGACUUUUGUGCAGUGUUUUAUUGUGUAUUCUUUAAAAAUACAACUGACAUAUUCCAAGCACAGGUAGUCUGGAAUUCCAGGCUAUCAGGAUUUUUUAAAGAGCUCCAGAGUUCUUGAGUAACUGAAAAUCACUGACAAUAAACUGUUCUUUAAAAUGACCUAGUAAGGAGAAAAAUAGGUUGGCUCAUAAUUGAAAUAACUCAAGGCAACAAAGCUUUUCAUCUUCCCCCAUGAAAUAAAGACUUUAAAAAUCA